AUGCACAAAGUCGAGCUGGUUUUCACGAAGAACGCCAAGAGGAAUGUGAUCCAAUGCGUCUCCGAGGCCCUCCCACUCAGAUCAGUGGGGGAUCUCAAGGCCAGUCGUUUUGCUCCCCGUUAUGGCACGCUGCAGCUCGCUCUAGGAAACAGUCGUCACCUUAGACACGCGUGUCCAGAGGUGGUGGUGAUGGGCUCAGAUGAUCUGCUGAAGGCUGCUGCUGAUGGAAGCUGUACGUUUGAUGACGGGUUCUCCCAGUGUGAUUACCAACAAGAUCCCUACGAUGACUUUGACUGGACACACAUCAACACCCAGGAAGUGCCCUACGUAUCCCCCUACCUGCCCAAAGGUUCCUACAUGUUUGUGGAUGUGUCUCAGUAUGAAGUUGGGGAGAAGGCCAGGUUUCAGCUCCCGGUGAUGAAGGAGAAUGACACUCACUGCAUUGACUUCAACUAUCAACUCAUCAGCGCUGAUGGUUCCAGUCCCGGUACACUUAAUGUCUUGGUGAAGGUUAACAAGGGUCCCCUGGCCAAUCCAAUAUGGAAUGUAACAACACACACCGGUAACGACUGGCUGAAGGCUGAACUGGCUGUCUCCACCUUUUGGCCUAACGAAUACCAGGUCAUAUUUGAAGCAGAGGUUUCGGACAGGAAGACCGGCUUCAUCGUUAUAGAUGACAUUCAGGUGCUCAGCUACCCAUGCGAUAAAUCCCCUCAUUUCCUGCGUCUUGGAGAUGUUGAGGUGAACGCCGGCCAGAACGCAACUUUUCAAUGUAUCGCCACUGGACGAGAUACAUCCAACAAUAAGCUUUGGCUUCAGCGACGAAAUGGAGAAGAUAUCCCCGUGUCUCAGAGGAAGAACAUCAACCACCGACGAUUUUCUGCCUCAUUUCAUCUCAACGAAGUUACCAAUCAGGAUCAAGACCUGUACCGCUGCGUCACCCAGUCGGAACGUGGCUCGGGGGUGUCCAACUUCGCCGGUCUUAUCGUCCGAGAGCCUCCACACCCCAUAGCCCCACCCCAGCUGCUCGGCGUUGGGCCUACCUACCUGCUGAUUCAGCUCAAUGCCAACUCCAUAUUUGGAGACGGUCCCAUUAUACUCAAAGAGGUGGAGUACCGCAUGACGUCAGGCAGUUGGAUUGAGACUCACGCUGUCAACUCCCCCAACUAUAAAUUAUGGCAUCUUGACCCAGACACCGAGUACGAGAUCAGAGUCUUACUCACCCGACCAGGAGAGGGCGGGACAGGCAAAGCUGGACCGCCUCUCAUUACAAGGACCAAAUGUGCAGAGCCAAUGCGCACUCCUAAGAGACUGAAGAUUGCCGAGACCAGGUCCCGACUGAUAGCGGUGGACUGGGAAUCAUUGGGUUACAACAUUACCCGCUGUCAUACCUUCAACGUUACCAUCUGCUACUACUAUAUGACUGCUAACAAUCACAGCAAGGCUGACUGUCUGGACAUGGACCCGAAAGCACCUCGCCAUAUUGUAGGAAAUCUGCCACCUUACACUAACGUCAGUCUGAAGAUGAUUUUGACCAAUCCAGAGGGACGUAAAGAGAGUGAUGAAACAAUCAUCCAAACUGAUGAAGACGUUCCAGGUCCAGUACCCACUCAGUCUGUGAGAGCCACACCAUUUGAAGAUAGAAUUCUUCUUUAUUGGAAGGAACCAUCUGAACCAAAUGGAAUAAUCAUACAAUAUGAGAUCAGCUACAGUGGUCUGCGUUCUUUCGAUCCAUCGGUGCCCCUGCAGCGGCCUGGACUCAUGGUGUCUCUACCCUCCAACGCCACCCAUCACCUCUUCUCACAGCUGCACCCUGGAGUCACUUACCAGCUCUCCAUCCGAGCAUCCACCUCCAAGGGAUUUGGCCCUGCAACCACUCUGAAUGUGACUACUAAUAUAUCUGCCCCAACUAUAGAAGAGUAUGAUGGAUCAGAGGCUUUUCUGAAUGAAACUGCAACAACCAUUACUGUUCUGCUGAAACCUGCCCAGGCUAAGGGAGCACCUAUAAGUGCGUACCAGAUUGUGGUGGAGGAAGUGAAUCCGCGGCGAACACGUCGCCAAGCUUCAUCUGACUGUUUUGAGGUUCCAGUUUCUUAUCACAGUGCAUCUACUGGUGGAUCCCCCUAUUAUUAUGCCGCUCAGCUGUCCCCCAGCAACCUCCCUGAGCCCCUCCCGUUCACGGUUGGAGACAACAAAACAUACCAGGGUUUUUGGAACCCUCCAUUGGCUCCCAGGAAGAACUACAACAUCUACCUUCAAGCUGUUAGCAGCACCGAGCGGGAAACAAAAACCCAGUGUUUGAGGCUUGCUACCAAAGGUGCAACAGAGGAGCCCGAAGUCAUCCCUGAUCCCGCCAAGCAGACGGACCGUGUGGUUAAGAUCGCCGGCAUCAGCGCCGGCGUGCUCGUCUUCAUACUGCUGGUGCUUGUAGCCAUCUUAUUGGUCAAGAAAAGGAGGACCUACUAUUCAUACUCUUAUUACCUGAAGCUUGCUAAGAAGCGUAAGGACGCCAUUGGAACCACCCGCCAGGAAAUGACACAUAUGGUGAACGCCAUGGACCGCAGCUACGCCGACCAGAGCACUCUGCACGCAGAAGACCCCAUGGCGGUGACCUUCAUGGACUCACACAAUCACAACAACAGAUCGCCCAACGAUCCGCUGGUCCCCACUGCUGUGUUAGUUCCAAUCACAGACGAAAACCACAGUGCGUCGGCUGCAGAGAACAGCAGGCUCCUGGAUGUCCCCCGCUAUCACUGCGAAGGCACGGAAUCUCCUUAUCAGACUGGACAGCUCCACCCAGCCAUCAGAGUGGCCGACCUCCUUCAGCACAUCAAUUUGAUGAAGACGUCAGACAGCUAUGGCUUUAAGGAGGAAUAUGAAAGCUUUUUUGAAGGCCAGUCAGCAACUUGGGACGUGGCAAAGAAGGAGCAAAACCGCACCAAGAACCGUUACGGCAACAUUAUAGCAUAUGAUCAUUCAAGGGUUAUUCUCCAGCCCAUUGAAGAUGACCCUUCCUCCGACUACAUCAACGCCAACUACAUCGAUGUAAGUGGAAACGCGCCGAAUGCUACUAUUGGCUCCCAACGAAACCAACGAAACCACACUCCCUCGCUCAUUUGGCUGUACAGGGAUGGUUAUCAAAGACCAAGCCACUACAUUGCUACUCAAGGGCCUGUUCAUGAGACUGUGUAUGACUUCUGGAGGAUGGUGUGGCAGGAACAGUCAGCCUGUAUUGUCAUGGUGACCAAUCUGGUUGAGGUUGGAAGGGUUAAGUGCUACAAGUACUGGCCAGAUGAUGCAGAGGUUUACGGUGACUUCAAAGUGACUUUCGUCGAAGUGGAGCCGCUUGCUGAAUAUGUGGUCCGCACAUUUACGUUGGAAAGGCGUGGUUUCAAUGAAGUGCGGGAAGUCAAACAGUUCCAUUUCACAGGCUGGCCCGAUCACGGGGUUCCAUAUCAUGCCACGGGGCUGCUUUCCUUCAUCCGUCGGGUUAAAAUCUCCAAUCCACCCUCUGCUGGACCUAUUGUGGUCCAUUGCAGUGCCGGGGCAGGACGCACAGGCUGCUUCAUAGUCAUCGACAUCAUGUUGGACAUGGCAGAGAGGGAAGGCGUCGUGGACAUCUACAACUGCGUCAAAGCACUACGGUCCAGGAGGAUCAACAUGGUACAGACUGAGGAGCAGUACAUAUUCAUCCACGAUGCCAUAUUAGAGGCGUGUCUGUGCGGAGAAACAGCCAUUCCUGUCUGUGAGUUCAAAGCAGCUUUCUAUGAGCUCAUCCGCAUCGACUCCCAGACCAACUCGUCCCACUUGAAGGAUGAGUUUCAGACUUUAAACUCAGUGACUCCUCAGCCUCAGCCUGAAGACUGCAGCAUUGCGUUGUUGCCUAGAAACCAGGAUAAGAACCGCUUCAUGGACGGCCUUCCUCCUGACAGAUGCCUGCCCUUCCUCAUCACCAUAGAUGGGGAAAGUAGCAACUACAUUAAUGCGGCUCUCAUGGAUCUGUCAGAGGAGUUCCAGAGCUACAGACAGCCUGCGGCCUUCAUUGUCACCCAGCACCCUCUGCCCAACACGGUCAAAGACUUCUGGCGCCUUGUGUACGACUAUGGGUGCACCAGUCUAGUGAUGCUGAAUGAGAUUGACCUUGCGCAGGGCUGUCCACAGUACUGGCCGGAAGAAGGCAUGUUGCGUUACGGGCCCGUCCAAGUAGAAUGUAUGUCCUGCUCAAUGGACUGCGAUGUGAUUAGCAGGCUGUUCAGAGUCUGCAACCUUACCAGGCCUCAGGAAGGCUACUUGAUGGUCCGUCAGUUCCAGUACUUGGGCUGGGCGGGCCACAGGGACGUCCCAGCCUCUAAGAGGUCCUUCCUGAAGCUCAUCCUGCAGGUGGACCAGUGGCAACGUGAAGGAGAGGAGGGGGAGGGCAGAACCAUCGUCCACUGCCUAAAUGGAGGCGGCCGUAGUGGCGUGUUCUGUGCCAGCAGCAUUGUGUGCGAGAUGGCUAAGAGGCAGAGUGUGGUUGACGUCUUCCAUGCCGUCAAAACAUUGAGGAACAGCAAACCCAACAUGGUGGAUGCUCCGGAGCAGUACAGGUUCUGCUACGACCUGGCGCUGGAGUUCAUCGAGUCCUCCUAA